AUGUGCCACCGUCUGCUGCCGAUCGCGACCGACUCCAUCGUGCAGAAACUCCCUCCCACGCGCCGCCGUCCACUGCCGAUCGCGAGCAACACCAUCGCGCAGAAACUCCCUCCACCCAAUUCAUGGACUCCUACAGAUAAGUGGGAGCUGCUGAAUGGCUUUUCGAGGAAAGUCUGCGCUGAAGAUGCCCAGAUAUCCCAGGGACGACGGUGCCUAAAGCUUUCCAGGGAGGCGUGGAUGCUGGCUGUCCGGGUGGAGAAACCUACGCUGCUAGAUCUAUCUGUUGUGAAGAGGGCCGCGCUGCUCCUAGUGCUAUGGCUGCCGCUUCCAGCUGUUGCCUCCAGCAAGGUCUAUAUUGUAUACAUGGGUGAGAAGAAACACGAUGAUCAUCGCUCCAUGGUCACCGCAUCACACCACGACGUGCUUGCAUCUGUUCUUGGAAGUAAGGAGGCGGCCUUGAAGUCCAUAGUAUACAGCUACAAGCACGGCUUCUCUGGAUUCGCAGCGAUGCUCACCGAAGCCCAAGCUGAAGAACUCUCAAGCUUGGAUGGAGUCGUCUUCGUGAAGCCUGACGCUUUGUACGAGAUGCAGACGACCCGGAGCUGGGACGUCGUUCUUGGUGCUAUCAGCGAUCAAUCAUCAGCUACCCUCCAGCAGAAAGCCAAAUUCGGCCAAGAUAUCAUCGUCGGCGUGGUCGAUUCAGGCAUCUGGCCUGAAUCACAAAGCUUCAAAAAUACGUAUGAUAUAUACGGCCCCGUGUUCCGCAACGUGAGCUACUACGGCAGCGGGCUCGCCGCCGGGGUGGCGCGCGGCGGCGCGCCCCGCGCCCGGCUGGCCGUCUACAAGGCGUGCUGGGGCGCGACGGUCUGGUGCGGCGGCGCCGCGCUCCUGGCGGCCAUAGACGACGCCACCAACGACGGCGUCGACGUGCUGUCGCUCUCGCUGGGGGGGUUCCAGGAGUUCGCCGGCACGCUGCACGCCGUGGCGAGGGGCGUCCCGGUGGUGUUCGCGGGCAUGAACCGCGGCCCCGCGCCGCAGACGGUGCGGAACACGGCGCCGUGGCUCAUCACGGUGGCCGCUAGCAUGAUCGACCGGUCGUUCCCGACAAAGGUGGUCCUCGGGAACAACGAAGAGCUGGUGGGGCAGUCUCGUUACGUGGAUGCAAUGACGAACACAAGUGAGUUCAUCAAUCUUGUUCCUGGGUUUAGAUGCGACAAUGCGUCGCUUGCGUCCGUGAACGCCACCGGCAAGGUGGUGCUGUGCUACGCACCGGAGGACGUGAACAUCAAUCCUCCAAGGCAAGGCUUCCUCAAUGCUAUCAGCAACGUGAAAGAAGUCGGCGCCAGGGGGCUCAUCUUCGCGGGCUACUCUUCCAAUGUGCUUGACAGAGCAGACAACUGCAACGGCAUCAUGCCCUGCGUGCUUGUCGACUUCGAGAUCGCAAACCGGAUCGCCUUUUAUAUGAUCAACACAAGGACGCCGGUGGUGAGAAUUUCGCCGGCGACGACCGUGGUCGGCGACUGGGUGCUGUCACCGAGGAUCGCCUCCUUCUCGUCGAGGGGACCGAGCGUUGAGUAUCCUGCCAUACUCAAGCCUGACAUCGCCGCACCCGGUGUGAGCAUCUUGGCUGCAGUGCGAGACUCGUACGAUUUCAUGUCCGGGACAUCCAUGGCCUGCCCACACGUCUCAGCCGUGGUCGCGCUGCUCAAGUCGGUUCACCCCGACUGGUCGCCGGCCAUGAUCAAGUCUGCCAUUGUCACCACAGCGUCGACGACGGAUCGCUUCGGCAUGCCGAUCGUAGCCGAGGGACUCCCCAGGAAGCCGGCAGACCCGUUCGACAUGGGCGGCGGCCACAUCGACCCCGACAGAGCUGCCGACCCUGGCUUGGUGUACGACGUAGACCCAGCCGAGUACACCAGAUUCUUCCGCUGCACGCUCGAUGCCAAGGACGACUGCUCGUCCUACAUGGGGCGGCUGUACCAGCUCAACCUGCCCUCCAUCGCCGUGCCGAACCUCGCGGGCUCCGUCACGGUGUCGCGCACGGUCACCAAUGUCGGGCCGGCUGAGGCGACGUACCGAGUGGCCGUCGAAGCUCCCGCCGGGGUGGACGUGUCCGUCGACCCGGCGGUCAUGACCUUCGCCGUGGAUGGUAGCAGGAACGCAACCUUCGUGGUGACGUUCACGGCGAGGCAGAUGGUGGAAGGCGUCUACACGUUUGGGAGCCUAGCAUGGUCGGAUGACGGCGGGGGUCAUUCGGUUCGGAUUCCAAUCGCUGUUCGCUCUGUGAUCCAAGAUUAUGUCGCAGAUGUAUCCUAA